ACAGACCCUCCGGAUCAAAGCAUUCUCUCCUUUUAUGCUCUUCCAAGACAAACUAAAAACUCCACAACAAUGGCUUCUACAGCAUCAGGAUCUACGUCAGGGAAAUCAGAUGUGGAAAUGGAAGAGAUGCUUGAUCGAAUGCUCACUCGAUUGGCACUCUGCGAUGAACCCAAACUCGAAAACUUGCUCUCCAAGCUACUUCCUCUUACCAUCUCCUCCCUCUCUCGUUCUUCCUCUGCCGUCCGCACCAAGGUGAUGGAAAUCCUGAGCCAUGUGAACAAGAGAGUGAAACACCAGCAACAUAUAGGUUUGCCUUUGGAAGAGUUAUGGCAGUUGUAUAUGGAAAAUAAUGCUGCUUUGAUGGUUAGAAACUUUUGCAUUGUGUAUGUCGAGAUGGCAUUCGACCGUGUCACCAAAGAGAAAAAGGAAAAUAUCGCUCCAACUAUGAUAGCUAACAUCUCAAAGCUUCCUUCUCAACACCAAGAUAUAAUUUUGAGAAUGGUCUUAAAGGUGAUUGGAGAAUGUCACUCAAGUCAAAUUAGUGAUGAAAUUGCUGCAAAGUAUCGACUCAUUAAUGAACCUCAAGACAAGGAGAUGUUUGUUGAAUUUUGUCUUCAUAUGCUUUUGUAUCAGCCACCAUCUGCUAGCGGGGGAUCUCCACCAGGGCUUUCAGUUUCUCAAAGCAAUCGUGUGAUGGGGAAAACUCCACUGAAUCAUGACAUGCUUCUAAUAAGAAAGUUGGGUUUAUUGAACGUUGUAGAUGUCAUGGAGCUGCCGGUGGAACUUGUAUAUCCUCUCUAUGUUGCUGCAUGUGCAGAUAGACACGAGCCUGUAAUAAAGAGAGGCGAGGAACUUUUGAAAAAGAAAGCUUCUGGAGUAAAUUUAGAUGACCCCAAGCUCAUAAAUCGGCUGUUUUUGCUAUUCAAUGGGAGUGUUGGAGCCGAACAUAUUGCUGCAGAUUCAAGAGUGAAUCCUGGGAAUCCUGCUUUGAGAGUGAGGUUGAUGUCGGCUUUUUGUCGGUCGGUCACAGCAGCAAAUAGUUUUCCUUCAACUUUACAAUGUAUAUUUGGUUGCAUAUAUGGAAAUGGUACCACAUCAAGGUUAAAGCAAUUAGGAAUGGAGUUCACUGUAUGGGUUUUUAAGCAUGCCAAAAUUGAUCAGCUUAAACUUAUGGGUCCUGUUAUACUUAGUGGCGUUCUCAAGUCCCUUGAUGGUUAUACUGGUUCAGAAUCAGACUCAAUUGCACGGGAGACCAAAACCUUUGCUUUCCAAGCAAUUGGAUUGCUUGCUAAGCGCUUGCCUCAGCUUUUCAGAGAUAAAAUUGACAUGGCUGUUCGGCUUUUUAAUGCUCUGAAAGUAGAGUCUCCGUCGAUUCGCCUAAUUGUUCAAGAAGCAACCAACUCUCUUGCUAUUGCAUAUAAAGAUGCCCCUGUAACAGUCUUAAAUGAAUUAGAAUCACUUGUGCUCGAAAAUUCUCAAGUGGAACAAGGUGAAGUACGCUUUUGUGCGAUGAGAUGGGCGACGACUUUAUUCGACUCACAACAUUGCCCAAGCCGGUUUAUCUGUAUGCUUGGUGCUUCAGACACUAAACUGGAUAUAAGGGAGAUGGCAUUGGAAGGUCUCUUCCUCGGUAAAGAUCAAGGAAGAUCCACUAUCGAAAGCAUAAAUCUCAAGCACCCUAAACUUGCAGACAUGCUAAACUAUAUUGUUAGACAACAACCUCAGUUGCUAGAAUCCAGUGAAAUAAGGGAAGAACGGCUUCUUUUUCCAUCCCAAACAUACGUGGCUGCAAUCAGGUUUUUGUUACAGUGCUUUGAGGCGGAUGUGGAGCAAAACACAGCAACAGAAAGAACCCCUGAGUUUGUGUCUUCAUUAGGGAACAUGUGUUUACUGUUAGAGCAUGCAAUGGCGUACGACAGUUCUGUGGACUUGCAUGCUACCGCCUCUAAAGCUCUAAUCAAAAUCGGAUCUCACUUUCCCGAGAUGUUAGCAUCCCGAUAUGCGAUUAGAGUACCAUGGUUAAAGCAAUUGCUAGCCCAUGUAGACCUAGACACGCGGGAAUGUGCAGCUCGUUUACUUGGAAUUGCUUCUUGUGGUCUUCCUAUAUCUGCCGCUUCUGAUCUUAUUAAUGAACUGAUUUCAUCGGUGAAAGGAUCGGGAAAGUCAAGGUUUGAAAUUCAGCAUGGAAUGAUAUGUGCUCUUGGAUAUGUCACCGCCAACUGUUUGUUAAGAACUCCUACUGUCACAAAUUCGUUAUUUCAAAACACAUUGAAAUGUCUAGUGGAUGUAGUCAAUUCCGAGACUGCUACUUUAGCUUCUGUUGCAAUGCAAGGUUUAGGUCAUAUUGGGCUUUGUUCCCCACUCCCGAAGUUGGAUCACGACUCUGGCGGCACAGAUGACGUUUUGACAUUAUUGCGUGAAAAGUUAAGCAAGGUACUCUCUGGUGAUGAUAUCAAAGCAACUCAAAGAAUUGUUCUAUCUUUGGGACAUAUGUGUGUGAAAGAAUCGUCUUCUACCAUGAUCAGUGAUGCACUUGACUUAAUCUUUAGUCUUGCCCGCUCUAAGGUUGAGGACGUUCUUUUUGCUGGUGGUGAAGCUCUUUCAUUUUUAUGGGGCGGUGUUCCAGUGACGACUGAUAUGAUCCUGAAAACCGACUACACUUCACUCUCCAUGACUUCAAAUUAUUUGAUGGCGGAUAUUUCCUCAGCUGAGCCGACGACAUCUAGAUUUAUUGGGAUUGAAGGAAAUGAAGAGUACCAUGUACUUGCUAGAGAUAUGAUUACUAAAAAGCUCUUUGAUGGUCUAUUGUAUAGUACCAAAAAAGAAGAGCGAUGUAGUGGAACUGUGUGGUUAGUAUCACUAACAAUGUAUUGCGGUCGUCACCCAUCAAUUCAGAAAUUACUCCCAGACAUCCAGGAAGCAUUUUCACACCUAAUUGGCGAGCAGAAUGAACUCACACAAGAACUGGCAUCGCAAGGCCUAAGUAUUGUUUAUGAACUUGGUGAUGCGUCAAUGAAGAAGAAUUUGGUAAACGCACUAGUUGGCACUCUCACCGGUACAGGAAAGAGGAAAAGAGCUGUGAAGCUUGCGGAAGACACAGAAGUAUUCCAAGAGGGAUCGAUUGGUGGAACUCUUAGUGGAGGGAAGCUUAGUACGUACAAGGAGCUCUGCAGUCUGGCAAAUGAGAUGGGACAACCGGACCUCGUGUAUAAAUUCAUGGAUUUGGCCAAUCAUCAAGCUUCGUUGAAUUCAAAAAGAGGUGCGGCUUUUGGAUUCUCGAAGAUUGCCAAGCUGGCAGGGGAUGCACUACAACCAUAUCUCCGUCAAUUGGUUCCAAGGCUUGUACGCUACCAGUAUGACCCUGACAAAAACGUGCAGGAUGCGAUGGCGCAUAUUUGGAAAUCACUUGUAGCAGACUCCAAAAAAACCAUUGAUGAAUAUUUGGAUCUUAUCAUUGAAGAUCUGUUAGUGCAAUGUGGUUCCAGGCUUUGGCGUUCUCGCGAGUCUUCCUGUCUUGCUCUUGCGGACUUGAUUCAAGGACGUAAAUUUGACCAGGUUAGUAAGCAUCUAAAGAACAUAUGGACGGCUGCAUUUCGAGCUAUGGAUGACAUUAAGGAGACUGUUAGAACUUCUGGGGAAAGACUAUGCCGUGCUGUUACAUCGUUAACAUUAAGGCUGUGCGACAUUUCUCUCACAGAAAUUUCUGAUGCAAGAAAAGCAAUGGAUAUUGUUCUGCCUUUGUUACUUACUGAUGGAAUAAUGAGUAAAGUAGAUGAUAUUCGAAAGGCAUCAAUUACAAUUGUCACAAAACUUGCUAAGGGUGCAGGGGUUGCAAUCCGUCCGCAUUUAUCUGAAUUAGUUGUUUGCAUGCUUGAAAGUUUAUCAAGCCUUGAGGAUCAAGGACUGAAUUACGUUGAGAGGCAUGCAGAAAACGCUGGCAUACAAACAGAGAAGCUUGAAAACUUACGAAUUUCAAUCGCAAAGGGCUCUCCACUGUGGGAAACUCUUAACAUGUGCAUAGAGGUUGUUGACGAACAAUCACUAGAACAGUUGAUUCCCCGUCUUUCUCAGUUGGUUCGAUCUGGUGUUGGUCUAAAUACUAGGGUUGGUGUUGCUAGCUUUAUUAGCCUGUUAGUUCAAAAAGUGGGUGACAGUAUUAAACCGUUCACAAGCACGCUACUUAGGCUCCUAUUUGUAGCGGUGAAGGAGGAGAGAAGUGCAGCAUCCAAACGUGCCUUUGCAAAUGCUUGUGCGUUUCUCAUAAAGUUUGCGGCUCCUUCUCAAGUCCAUAAGCUUAUUGAGCAAACUGCUGCUUUGCAUACUGGCGAUAGAAAUUCGCAGAUCGCAUGUGCGUUUUUAUUGAAAAGCUAUGCAUCUACCUCUUCUGACAUCUUGACUGGCUAUUAUGCCACCGUUGUUCCAGUUAUUUUUCUUUCAAGAUUUGAGGAUGACAAGAAUGUGUCCAGACUAUAUGAGGACUUAUGGGAAGAAAAUAUGACGAGUGAACGUCUCACCCUUCAGUUGUAUAUAGGCGAAAUUGUUACUUUAAUAACCGAGGGAAUUGCAUCAUCGUCUUGGGCUAGUAAGAGGAAGGCAGCCAAAGCAAUCGUAAAGCUUUGUGAAGUCUUGGAGGAAUCUGUUUCUUCAUAUCAUCAAGUGUUACUCACAUCUCUUAUGAAAGAAGUUCCUGGCCGUAUUUGGGAGGGAAAAGAAGAUAUAUUGGAAGCAUUGUCCGCUCUAUGUACAUCCUGUCACACGGCAAUUUCGGCAGCUGAUCCAGCCAUUGAAAAUGACAUUUUGAGUGUUGUAACCUCAGCAUGUAAUAAGAAAGUCAACAAGUUUCGUGAUGCAGCCUUUCGCUGUCUAGACAAAGUUUUAAAAGCCUUCAAAAAUCCAGACUUCUUUGGUGUGGUCUUCCCGUUAUUGUUUGAAAUGUGCAAUGGUGCCUUCAUUUCCAAACAAGGGUCGUCAUCACUGAACGGUACUGAUAAAACAGAGACGCGUGAGACAGAAGAUACUUCUGUUCCUCAUGAUAAGAUUAUAGAGUGCAUUACAUCCUGUGUCAUUCUUGCACGAUUAAACGACAUUAUCAAGUGGCAAAAGGACUUGGUGCACGUUUAUUUAAAUUCCCUAGCACCUGCAAUCUCUUGGAUAGUUAAAGUUUCGGUCUUCACAUCAAUCAAAGAACUAUGCUCAAGGAUAAGUGAAGGGUUGAAGGAUAUGGAUCAAGGAGUCGAUGUUUCAUCAUUAGUUAUAGAGUUGUUUUAUUCUGUGUCACCUAAGGUGAUCGAUUGUAUAUCCAUAAUAAAGAUUGCCCAAGUUCACAUCGCAGCUUCAGAGUGUCUUGACGAAGUGACAAAGCUGUACAGAGACUUUACUCGAGCAAGAGGUGCGCAAGUACAAGUAGAAGUAGGUUUUAAAACGGAGCUUGUUCAUCAAUGGGAAAUUGAAAAAAAUGAGCAGGCCAAGUCAUUAAUGAAGAAUUGCAUCGACAUUAUCGACUCUCUGCAAAACAAAUCUCUCUAGAACAUAUUUUUUAUGGCUUUUCUCUACAUUACUUUUUUCUAAACUUUUAUCUUCUGAGCCAAAUGCUUGAUUAUUUACAAACAUGAUUUCGCAAUAUGUGUAGAAAAGAUUAGGAUCAUAUGAAGCUUUUUGUUUUCCUUUUCGCUUGAUUUGUAGAUUUGUGAUCGAACAAUAUAUGGAAAGGUUACAACUGCAAUAUGAACCGAAA